CUGUCUGUGUGCUCGCUCGCCCGGAGGAGGAGGAAGAGGAGGUGGCAGGAGGCCAAGCAGGAGAAGAAGUAGCACCAGAAGAAGGAGGAGGGGCAUCAGGAAGCUGCCGGCUGCAUCUCAUCAUCGAAAGCAAGAAGGUCAGCCAGGAGGAGGUGCACCAGAGGGGGGGGGAGCAGCUCCACGUCCACUCGCCGCUGGGACGCUGAGCCGUCACCACCGAGAGCCGGGAGAGGAUCAGGCAGCGCGGCCUUGCCAACGAUGGAUUUCAAGGCCAACCUGAAAGGGGUCAAGGAGCGCAAGGCCAGCGCCACGCAACAGGUGGACUUCCGCGCCGUGCUGGCCAAGAAGAAAGCUGCUGACACGUCAAUCGAGAAGAAGAUGGCAAACACCGACAAGAACGGCGAGGGACAUAAGGUGGCGGCUAAAAACUGCGUGGACGGAGGCGUCCAGCAGAGGGGCAGCGGCGAAAGUGGCAAGGUGCCCCAGUUCUUGGAGAAGCUGAGCGACGUGACGGUGCUGGAUGGACAGCGUCUUCGCCUUCAGUGUCGCCUUCCCUCCACGUGUGAUGUCGCCGCCAGCUGGACGCUGGAUGGAAAGCUCAUCAAAGCAUCCAAAUUCAUUGUCCUCGCCAAUGAAGGCGGCGUGUGCUCGCUGACCAUCGACAAAGCUCUCCCUGAGGAUGAAGGCCAGUACAAAUGCAGGGUAGAGAACUCGGGAGGCCAAGCAGAAUGUUCUUGUAUGGUUCUCGUGGAUGACCCUCCGGAAAACUCUCCAGCUGACAAGAAUUCCAAGAAGAAGACUGCGACCUCAGAGAGUGAAGCUCGCAUAAAGAAGCCCACAGCCAAGACACCUCCCAAGCAAGCGCUGCCUCCGCACAUCCUGCAGUUCCCAGAGGACAUGAAGAUCCUGGCGGGAGAGAAGGUGGAGAUCCCCUGCAAGUUCUCUGGAGCGCCGCCCAUCAACUGCACCUGGCUCAAGUUUAGGAAACCUAUCCAAGAGAGCACGGCGGGAAUCUCCAUCACGAGCACAGAGAGCAGCAGUCAGCUGACCAUCUCUAGUGGUCAGCAGGAACACUGCGGCUGCUACACUAUCGAACUGAGGAACCAAUAUGGCGUCCGACAAGCCGCCCUCAACCUCACCAUCGUGGAUAAACCCGACCCCCCAGCAAGGGUUCCGGCUGCGUCAGAUGUCAGGCGGUCUAGCCUGACCCUGUCCUGGUACGGUCCAACGUACGACGGUGGCAGUGCCGUGCAGUCGUACCACCUGGAGAUGUGGGACUCUGUGGACCAAAAGUGGACACAGCUGGUGUCUUGCAACAGCACGUCCUACAACGUCCAAAACCUUCUUCCGGAGCGCCAGUAUAAGUUUAGGGUCCGAGCAGAGAACAUCUACGGGAUUGGUGAGCCGAGCGCUGAGUCAGAGGCCGUCACAGUGGGUCUAGUGGACGAUGAAAACCAGGAUGAGGUGGAGGAAGAUGAUGACGACUCAGAAAAAGAGCCAGACUACAGGGAGGUGUCGGUUCGAGCAGACGUGAAGGUGAAGGAGCUUUAUGACGUGGAGGAAAGGCUGGGAACGGGGAAGUUCGGCCAGGUGUUCAAGCUCGUAGAGAAGGCCACCAAGAAGGUAUGGGCGGGGAAGUUCAUCAAGGCGUACUCAGCCAAGGAGAAAGAGAACGUCCGGCAAGAGAUCGGCAUCAUGAACAGCCUCCAUCACCCCAAGCUGGUCCAGUGCGUGGAUGCCUUCGAGGGCAAGUCUGACAUCGUCAUGGUGCUAGAGAUGAUCUCUGGCGGCGAGCUGUUUGAGCGCAUCAUUGACGAAGACUUUGAGCUGACGGAGCGCGAGGUGAUCAAGUACAUGCUGCAGAUUGUGGACGGGGUGGGCUUCAUCCACAAGCAGGGCAUCGUGCACCUGGACCUUAAACCCGAAAACAUCAUGUGUGUCAACAAGAUGGGCAGCAAGAUCAAACUCAUCGACUUUGGCCUUGCCAGGCGGCUAGAAAAUGCUGGAACUCUUAAAGUUCUGUUUGGGACACCAGAGUUUGUGGCUCCUGAAGUGAUCAACUAUGAAGCCAUCAGUUACCCCACUGACAUGUGGAGUAUUGGAGUAAUCUGUUACAUACUGCUCAGCGGUCUGUCACCCUUCAUGGGCGACAACGAUAACGAGACUUUGGCCAAUGUGACUUCAGCCACGUGGGACUUUGAAGACGAGGCCUUUGAUGAGAUCUCGGACAACGCCAAGGACUUUAUCACCCAGCUGCUUAAGAAGGACAUGAAGGCGCGGCUGACUUGCCCUCAAUGUUUUGAGCACGCCUGGCUCAAGCAGGACACCAACACCAUGAAGGCCAAGAAGCUGUCCAAGGAAAGAAUGAAGAAGUACAUCCUGAGGAGGAAAUGGCAGAAAACGGGGCACGCAGUGCGUGCCAUCGGCAGACUGUCGUCCAUGGCCAUGAUGGCCGGGGUCAGUGCCAAGAAGGGCUCACCCACUGAAGAAGAAAACCCGUUCCUGGAGUGCUUGGAGAUGGAGCAGAAAGUCGAGUGCAAGCCCAGCUUCAGCGCCGUCAUCCAGGACGUGGAAGUGGUUGAGGGCAGCGCUGCCCGCUUUGACUGCAAGAUCGAAGGUUACCCUGACCCCGAGGUGGUGUGGUACAAAGACGAGCAGCCCAUCAAGGAAACUCGACACUUCCAGAUUGAUUACGACGAGGAAGGCAACUGCAGUCUGGUCAUUUCAGAGGUGUCGGGCGACGAUGACGCCAAAUACACGGUGAAGGCGGUCAACAGUCUGGGAGAGGCCACAUGCACUGCCGAACUGCUGGUGGAGGUGAUGGCUGGGGAGGAGGAGGAAGAGGAAGAAGAGGAGUGAAUCCACCUUCUUCUUGGGCUGUGUCUUAAUUGGCGCACUUCUGUACUUACACUUCAUUACACAAACUGCCAUAUGUUGUUCUCCAAAUGGUCAAAAUGGUGACACCACCCUCAACAGUCGCCAUCUUGGCCCUGUAGCAGAAAGGGGAGGGACAACCAAACUAAAGGCGAUCAUUCAAAGUAGGGGGUUUGGGAUGAAAUUGGCCACUCAGGAACUAAGUACACAGAAUACACAGUAUACUUAUUGAAGUGUACUGACGAAAGUAUUCCACUUGAGACACAGCCUUAGACUCUGGCAGGAAGAAAGGAUCCUCCGUGUUCGGGCACACAGACAAGAUGUGGUGCACUUCUAUUUCCUGUCAGAGAGGGAAAGGAUGAAGGUUCCUGAUAUUCACAGAGUUGGCUCACAUAAUGCGCAGAAAAGAUCAAAAGUUAGAAACAAAAUCGCAAGUUUGAGUUUCUACCUAAUUAUCAAAAUUUUAAAAAAGCAGGAAUAUUUGUAUUAGUCCAACGCUAAGCUAACAGCACAACCGGCUAGUGUUGCAUUUUUCAUGGGGAUGAGAGAAAGGCCUUGUGGUUAAAGGAGCUGCAGGUUGAUCCAGCUCUGUCAAUACAGCCAGAGUGACAACUGUGAUUAUCAUUAUUUAUAAGAGAACCACACACAAACGUCUUUCUCAUGUAGAGCAUAGUUUUGUUCUUGUUGAAUGUGUGUGAGCCUUAAAGCGACGCUGUCGUCAUGGUUUGUUUGCUGUGUUCACACUGGAUGACACUGUGCUUUUACCACGUGGCCUCCUUCACACACUGAUGAUGAUGAUGUCGUCAUGUGUCAUUCCCAUACUAAUGACACAGUAUCAGGACCAACAGGGAUCAAACCAGUGGCCUUGCAAUCAUGAGACAGCCCUGAGCCAAGACAAGGUGUGGAAACACACACUCACAUGAUUUUUUUUUGGGGCUUUGUGAAUGGCAUCAGCACUUUCUUUGCGUUUUACAGUAUUCACAGAAGGGAUUCAGCUCAACCAGGGGUGUCCAAAGUGUGGUAUGGGGGCCAUUUGUGGCCUGCAGCUUGUUUUUAUUGGUCCAUGGCACACAAGAAAACCAACAGCAAAAAUGGAAAAUUACGCUUGUAAUAACAAUAAUAAUAAUAAUAAUAAUAAUGAUACACUUAAUCCUGUAACACAAAGCUGAGAUGCAGCUUAACAGAACUUAAAAAUACCAACAAAAUAUGCAUCCCUUGGGUGGCAGAUGUUUGGACACCCCUGAACUAAAUUCACAGACGUGUGUGUUGUAUGUGUACAUUUAUUUCACGCACACAUUGACCACGGAGAUUUGCGGCACGUCACAACUGGCAGACUUUUUUUUUCUAUUAGUUGUGUAUGAAGAAGGUUCUUGUCUAGUUUGUACAAUUAUAUAUGACUUUGACAUGUAUGAAAACACUGCCAGUGUAUACUUACUCACAUUUAAGUAAUAAAAUAAUCACAAACCAA